ACGGUGCAAAGAAGUAGAGGACGCCGCGGCCAAUUUGGUUACAGCGGAGGAAGAGGAAAGACCGAAAGAGGAGAGACCCGAGAGGUCCGCCAGCGCCCCAACCCAUCGGUCACCGGAGAAGGAGCAGCACCGGUCGAUGGCGUCAUUGGAUCCCGGCCGCACGCCGGCGCAAGGCGAGGAAGCAGCUUCCACCUCCCCGUGGCCUCUUCGCAAGCUCCAGAGUUUCACACCAGGGCUAUUGUCACAGUACAAAACUUACGAGGACGCGAUUGUGGAGAGCACUAAAGGAACUAUUGCGGAUGCACUGGUUCUUGUGAGAGAGCAUCAGGCGGAGGCAAUUGGAUGUGCCACUGUUGCAGGAUUCAUUCUGUUCAGAGGUCCUCGGAGAUUUUUGUACCGCAAUACCCUUGGGCGUUUCAAGACUGAGAAGGAUUUACUGAAUGAUGCUGAGCAAAGUAUGAUGGAGUACAAAACAUCUAUUGAGAGCUUGAAAAAAGAUUCCAAAUAUACUCUUGACAAAAUAGCCAUUGGUGAAAGUGAUCUGCAGCGUGGACGAACUGAUUUGAGAUCUACUGGGAAGCAGAUCCAAGCUCUUAUAGGUUCCAUUUACAAGGCAGAAUCCACAGCUGCAGGUCUGAUGGAUCGACUACGAACCAUACCAACCAGGCAAUCUCUCGAGCUGCGAGCGGAGGUGGCUUCCAUGGCCUCCGAUUUGAAAAACAAGAGAUAUGUCUUGGAGGAAAGGAUCAACAAAAUAUCAGAAUAUGGCAUCCGCGUCUGAACUUCACCAUCUAUAGACUCCCCUGAAUUCAUUUUGGUCCUUUCCUCUAUAAAUUGAAUAUGGCGUCCGCAUCUGAACUUCACCAUCAAUAAAUUGAAUCCACAGUGAGAAACACGUUUGCUGAUUGCACUUAUCGUUCUCCAGAUUCCAACCUUUUCUGUCAGCAUUUUAAUGCUAGGACAGACAAGAUCACUAUCAGAACCUUGAAUUGUUCUUGUCACUGUACUGUGGAGCAUUGCUCGUUUGUGAUAGCUACUCCCCAUUUAUCUGCAUAUGCAAGGAAACCUUUGUUCUUC